GGGGAACCCCACGAAAGGGAGCACCGCAUGGCCAAAGGGAAAACGUCGGCGAAGCGAGGCGCUCCAAAAUGAACAACAAAAGGAAAAACUACAACCCGAAUAGUAAGGCCGAUGGGGAAGACCCUCGGCAGGACAGGCCCCCAAUCGAGGGUCACCCGUCCAUCGGUUACGAGAAUAGGAAAGUGAGGAGAGGUCUGUACGGCGCGUCCGAAAGGACCCCCAUCAGUGGCGGCAAUGUUGGCGGCAAUGUUGGCGGCAAUGUUGGCGGCAAUAUUAGCGGCAAUAUUAGCGGCAAUAGUGGCAGCAACAGAGGUGGCAACAGUGGCGGCAACCGUGGCAGCAACAGAGGCGGCAACACGGGGGGCUUGUACCCCGGAGAGAGCUCUUCUCUUAACCACGUAACGAACGAGACAUACCCGCCGAACUACGCCCUCUAUCCGAGCCAGGCAAACUUCAAAGCACACCCCAAUCGAAAUGCCCCCAUGAAAAAUAACCCCCUUAACAAAAGGUCUAAUGCCAACCCAAGUAGUGACCCCUCUCCUCACAAAAUGAAUACCAACAAUGAAAAAAAAAAGGAUAACUAUAGGAGUAAAAGUUUUUUAAAUUUAAAUUAUUCGAAGCUAAAUUGGUGCAACCACUCCGCCAGUUGGAAGAACGUCAGGGGGGGUGGACAGAAUGUGUCUCGAGAGAAUGGGAAGAAACAAACGAUGAGCAGUGGCGACGAGGUGGGGGUGGCCUCUGCGUAUGGCGCUGCGGGGCCGCGUACUGGGCCGCUUACUGGGCCGCUUACCGGGCCGCUUACCGGGCCGCUUACUGGGCCGCUUACUGGGCCGCUUACCGGGCCGCUUACCGGGUCGCUUACCGGGCAGCUUACCGGGCAGCUUACCGGGCCGAGUGACUCCCCCAAUGUGAGCAGCCCCAGCGGGGGCGCCCCCCCGAUGAGCGGGACGACCCAGGGGAGCAGCGCCAACAGCGGUCACAGCGGUCACAGCGGUCACAGCGGUCUCAGCGGUAGCCACACCAACAGCGGCAACAGCCUGAGUUACAAAAACGUGAGCAGCCCGCCCUGCCCCAAAAGUGCCAACUUUGAAAAGGCACCGGCACACAAGUAUAGCAACAAAUUUUACCCCAACAUGACUCUGUGCAACGUGAAUGACAGAGGGAACAGGGAGGGGGUGGGCAAGGGAAAGGUUAAAGAUAAAGGCAAAAAAUUUGAGUUGGGAAAGAAUCGAAUUCUCUUUCAGAAUAAGAAGUGGUUUGAUAGUGGCAGCACGAAUGGGAAGGGCGUAGCUGUCCACAAGGGGGAGUCGUCCUCCGGUGGCAGGGUGGGCCCUGGUGUGGUGGGAGGUUCCCCCGAGCAGGGCGGGGCCAACGUUAGCGGUGCCAACGUUAGCGGCACUAAUGUGAGCGGUAAUACCGCUAAUGGAAAUACCGCUAAUGGAAGUACCACUAAUGGCAGUACCGCCAAUGGCGAUGACGCUAAUUGGGCCGGGCCGGGAACGGCCCCCACCCAGGAAAGCGCUCGCAUUUUGGAAAUGCUUUCGGAGUGCCUGAACUCGGUGGGCGACCAAGGAGGGGGGGACCUGAGCGCGAUAUACAACGCGCUGACGCAAAAUAAAAGCAAAGAGUCCCUGAUGAGCUUGCUAGAUAAUAUAAAACUUUUGGAGGAAGCGUCCAAAGGGAAGCCUCCCCCGGGGGAGGCAGCCACUGGAGACAGUUGGGUUGGCGGUCCGUACGACCACGUGGAGGGUGGGGUGAUGGUCGAAGGCAAAAACAGAGUGAAUUUUGCAAAUGCCCCGUUUGGUGGCUCACCGAGCGUGCUAACGAAUGCGGUGAGGGGUGAAAUGGGUGCCAGUGGGGAGGGGGCGCCUUCAGCGAUGAGCGAUGCGAGAAGCAUUCGCGAUGGGGGCACGUCCAACCUAGUUAGCCACCCACGCUGUGAAAGCAGUAGGGGUUACAAAGGGGACACAUCAAAUGUUGGCUGCGCGGUGGACGCGGCAGGUGUAGCAAGCGCGUCCACCUCUGCCAACUGUGCCAACCGCGCUAGCCACGCUAGUCACGCCCCCCGCGUGGCCCUCUUCACGCAGCUGCGAAAGGACCACAGCACAGGGGACAAGUGGAAGGACGCAGUGGCGAAGUGCAGCGAGCGGAAGACGCAGGAGAGCUUCUGCAAAGUGGAAGAGGGGAUGAAGAGCAACCUGAAAAUCACGGAGAUUUUUAAGGCGAGCCUAUUCUAUGGUGAAAAGAGACACGUGUACAAAGCGGCCUUGUAUAAAAAUUACCAACAAAUAUGGCUGCACAGUGGAAGGUUCCUUCUCCUGGAGAGCAUCUUCCACUUUGGAAAGGCGAAGGAGAAGAGGAAGGAAGCGAGGGAGGCGAGGGAGGCCAACCUAAUCGAAUGUGCCACGAACUGCUCAAUCCCGUUUGGCAGUUUUUUACAAUUUUUUAACAAUUUUUACGAAACUUCAGAAAGUUAUAAAUGCAAAAUUUGCUUCUUCCUGAUUUACAAAAUAAUAAUUAUGCAUGAGGAUGAUGAGGAGUAUGGGCGGUACUACAGUUUGAUUAUUAAGACCCUUAAUGGGAGCACGUUAGUUUUUUUUCUGCUGGUGCUGAUUAACCUGAUGGGGAGGCACUCCUUCAAGGUGGCUUACUUUGUGAAUUUCAUCGAGCGGUUGCUCCCAGUGGUAACGAGGGGCCCCCGCGUGAAUGCAGCGGCAAGCGGUGUGGCGACAUCUCAGGGUGGGAGUAGUACCCCCAAUGGAGCAGACAAAGGGAUCUUCUUCAACAUCCUUUUUUUCAAGCUGUUCAGGCUGAUAUUUUACCGAAUAGAAUCAUUUUCCACGCAGAAGAAGCACCUGCUGAUGGUUUUUUUAAGAUACAUCAAGAACUUCCUCCUGAACAUCUGCUCCUCCAUUUUGAUUACACAGUACCUCUUCAUAAAAUGUGUAGAUCUGAUGAAUAAGUACAACAACCAGCAGUACAUUUUGAUUAAGACGACCUCCAUGGAGAUACUUUUACAGCUAUGGAACAACGAUUUUUUGAAACUCUACAUUUUGAAGAUUGGCAGCCCCCUCCUUCGCUUCCUCAUCUUUAUGAGCAAUGUAGAGUACGUGAAUAAGAAUAUUUUCCCCUUUAUUUUGACCCCCAUUGAGAGUGCUAACCAGGUGGAGAUGAGGGACGCCCUUCAGGGAGAGUUACACGGUAGUAGGUUCCACACACAGGGGAGGAAGAGGUGGAGGCACUACUGUAGGAAGUUUGUAAGGGGGAAGAAGUGCUCCCUUUUGGUUAGGAGCUUCCGCGGUGAUGACGUUCGAGAGGUUGUUCUGUUGCGAUCGGAGGAGAAGAACUCCGUGAUUGAGGUACCCCACGGGGGACCCCCUCGCGCUGAUCAGUGUGCAGACGGACGGACGGAUCUCCGGCAAGAAACGCUGCUGGAGCACAUCCUGCAGGUGCGUAGAAGCUACAACUACUUCAAAAUUCUGCUCCCCCCGGAUGAGAAGAGCUGCCUCAAUUUCCUGCUUCGGCUGAAUAACCCGAACAACGGCUUCCACUUUGACCUCUUCUACAAUUUGUUUGUCGAGUGCAAUUUGGCAAAUUUGGUUCACGAGAAUAGGGUGGUAUAUUAUGUGGAGUUUGUAAAAAGGGGGGGGGGGAAAGGGAAGGGGCAUAACGAGGAGGCCUCGAGGGAUGAGCACUUCAUCAGGGGAAGUAUGAUCGUAAGAGGGCUGGACGGUUUAGCCCCCUCAGGGGAGGAGGGAAGUUUCCCCCUGAAAAGGGGCACUCAUUCGGACGUGGAGGGUGGCUUCCCCCCAGUUAUGAGUUCCGACCAGAAGAGUGGCUUCCCUAACGAGGAGGAGCAGCAGCAUGUGGAGGAAGAGGAGGAGGGGGACCCACCCGCCCGCUCAAACGAGCAACUGCUGUUCGACCUGCACGGAAUGAUACAACGAAGAAACUGCGUGAUGUCCAAAAUAUACAGCGCGCACAUCAGGCUGAGCUUCUUUUUCGGCGUUUUCUUCUACAGGAGCCACGACAUUUAUAGGAUCUUGUCGAGCUCGCUCGGAACGUACGCGAGGAAGUUUAAGAAUUUUAAAAAGGAGAACCAGAAGGCGAUCAAAUUUAUGAACAUCAAUAACAUUACGCACAUUUUGACGGUCACCUUUUUGCUGAAGUUUGUGGGGCACUUGGAUGCUACUCACAGGAGAGGCGCGCCCCACUUGACGCAGGAGGAGGAAGACUUCCUCGCGUGCUACCGCCUUUUGGAGCACGCCCUGGGCAAGGACACCAGCACCGCCAACACGUUCCUAAACUACCUGAACAACGUCAUUCUUCACCUUCACGAGAGGAAAAGGGAGAGCCUGGUGCUGAGCGCCAUCCUGACGCUCACCAUUUACAACUUUUUAACCCUCACUGGGGGGGGGAACACGAAGCGGAAGGAAAAGCAGCAGACGAAUCGGAUGACUAAUCGGAUGACUAAUCGGAUGACUAAUCGGAUGACUAAUCGGAUGACUAAUCGGAUGACGAGGGAGAAGAACCCAAUUGAGCAGCUGGAAAACCUCAGCUUAAGCGAAAUCGUCGAGGAAAUACACAACAACUGCCUCAUAGGGAUGCUCCUUAGAGAAAAUAACUUUUACAUCGACACCGAGACCAAGUUCACAGAGGUGGACGACAUCUACUCAUGCGAGCUGAAGAACCACAUGAAGUUCAUCCCGAAGGACAUCAACAGGGAGGUCUUCCAGCUGGUCCAUUUUAAGAAGUACGUUUUCCAGAGGGGCCCCUACAAAAAAAUUGACCUUAUAAAGAUAGGCAAGCGGAACACGGUCAAUAAUUUGUACUCCUCGGAGAUCCUCAAUUACGUCUACUACAACGCGCUGUAUGUGCUGAUCCACUUGGUUAUGAACGUCCGCUUUUACGAGGCCAUCUUCAGGCGCACCUACAAGAUUGGCGGGGUUAGCAGCGUUAGCGGUGGUGAUGAGGAUGCUAGCCGGGUUGACCGCUUUGUGCGAGCGGGGGGAGCGUUCAGGCCGGGAGGGGAGGCAGACGAAGUGGGGGCGGACGAAGCGGGGGCAGCCCAGCCAAACUGGCAGCACUGCCUCACCGUCGUCCUGAAAAAGCAAAAUGGAGACUCCUACUGGAGGAAGAAAAGGUAUAUUGUGAAAUUUUACAGAAAAGCCAAAAAGAAAAUUGUGAAAAUUUUGAAGACCUUUUUGGUUGCCAGCAAUGUAAAUAAGUUCAUGCGCUGUUUGGGGGAGGACAAGUUUUUCUUCAACUUGUUUUUCCAGUUCGACAACUCCCCCCUGUUUCUCCGCGCGGCUCUGCUGGAGGGGGGAAUUUCCAGUGUGAAUACUAACGCGAACUCAAGUGUUAACUCCAGCGCAGCUGCAGAUGAGGGGGGAGGGCCGCCCGCCCUGCCCUGCCGCCACGUGGACAUCCUCCAAGGGGUAGGCAACUUCUGCCUCCUCGUUGAGGAGAUUAACAAGCUGAUUAGCUUCGUCACCCAUCGGGGGAAGGCCGCGUGCGACGUCGUCAAGUGCACCUUUGCGAAUUGCCCCCUUGUUCCCCAUGAAGAUAAGUUCAGCGUUCAGUUUCGCUUCUACACCAUUGUGUGGAGCGAUUGGGUGGUGGAUCACAGGGGGGAGGAGGACUCCCCAGAUGGAGUGUCCCCAGAUGGAGUGUCCCCAAAUGGAGCGUCCCCAGAUGGAGCGUCCCCAGAUGGAGUGCCCCCAGACAAAUGGUGCGCCUCCUUCUCCUAUGGGGAGCAAGACAAGUGUGCCUUUCAUUUCAACGAAUUGGUAGACCGCGUGGUUAGCGCAAUUGUAGAUGCGAAUUACGCAAAGGAGAAGAUCUUGUGGUGGUCUGAAUUUUUUUUCAGCCUGGGGAACUUUGGCGUGGUGAACUUCCACCUGCUGUUUUAUCUGUGCUCCCUGGUGGGGGGCCUGGCCGGGGGGAAGGAAGAGAUGAAGGAAGAGAAGGAAGUACGGGGGGAGGUGGGGAAGGAAGAGAUGAAGGAAGGGGGGAAAGAAGUUGGUGCCCACCCUGCCGCAAACCGAAGAGACCGCUCCUCGCACGCCCUGCGGAGGAAGGUGCAAAUCUGCGAGCAGAUAUACGUGCUGUACCUGUUUAGGAUAGGCCUGCUGCUGAACGUGAGUCUGUAUGAAGCAUUCGAUUUGCUAACUUCGCUAAUCACUACCAUUUUUAAUUUUGACAUUUUCCAAUUCUACAUGAAGAAAAAGAAGUACCAUGUAGAGCCGGGUGCUCGGGGGGAAGUCCAGUCGUUUGUAAACAGUGUGAAAGAAGAAGCGAAGAAUGUUCUGACCAAUUACGAUGUUAACGUUUUUAUAGAGAGCAUUAUCCGUAUGAGUGAUUAUAUUUUUUAUAUGAAAAGCGUAAAGAUUUUGAUUCUUAAGAGCUACUGCUUUGUUAAUGUUCUGUUGCACGUGCUGUCUUUGAAGAAAGUGCUCAUUGAAAUGAGCCAGGCGGAAUGUAUCGACCUCCUGGAGGGGGAGACGGACAGCGGGGAGGAGGAAUACAAGGGGGGGAGGGACGCCAUGGAAUGGCCCCAAUUGGGCAAAUGGAAGGGGAAGAGGGGAGAAGAAGGGGUGCCUCCAUUUCGUAGUGCUUCCAACGGGGAGGAACCCCAAAAGGACUCGCUUCCCCAGAAGGACUCGCUUCCCCAGAAGGACUCGCUUCCCCAGAAGGACUCGCUUCCCCAGAAGGAUUCGCUUCCCCAGAAGGACUCGCUUCCCCAGAAGGACUCGCUUCCCCAAAAGGACUCGCUUCCCCAGAAGGACUCGCUUCCCCAGAAGGAUCCUCCUCCCGAUGAUUCGCUCCCCAAUUGGAGGCACUACGACUCGGCGGAGGAAUCGGAGAAGUUCAGCUCGUCGGACAGCAGUGACGGGGAGAAGGUGGAGGACCAUUUGGACGGCUAUGGAAGCUUCUGCAGGGGGAGGCCCCUCGGAAAGGCCGCCGAAGAGGUGAUUAACAAUCGGACGAAAAACCCCAAAGGGGGGCACUUAAAGCAGGGAAGUCACGUAAAACAGGGAAGCCGCUCAAACCAGGGAGUCCGCCUAAACCACAGGGCAGAAACAAAUGGAGGGAACAAAAUAUGGAUUUUGCAGAUCUUCAAAUAUUUGGAUUGCCACUCGUUUCUCUGCUUUCGAAAGGACAAAACGGAAGAGGAGCACUUUUACGAAAAAAGAAAACAUUUCCGCAAUUUCUUUUUCCCCCCAAAUUUAAAAAAAUGGAAAAAAAAAAAAAAAAAAAACAGUGACCAAGAUUUGUGCACACUAGUUUAUACGUUAAAGAAGCGGUUAAUCCAAAACGGGAAUUUUUUAAGCAUGUAUAAGCAGGCCUUCUUCAUAAAAUGGACAUGUCUUCGUAUUUUCAUUUUGCAAAAGUACCGGUUAAAAAUGUUUGACAGUUUGGAGGCCUUUCAGUACAUUUACGAAAGAGUGAACUCCGUGGCGCCCACGGAAAAUUUGCUUUUUAAAAUUCCCGCGGAGGCGAAUUGGGGCGCGCCCUUCGAAGGCAGCGCGGACGUCAGGCACCCCUUCCUCAUCUCUCUUUGCCUCAUCGGCCGCCAGCUGGGGGCGCUGUCGCGGCGCCACCGUAGGGUGAGCGGUCCGCGCGCCGUAACAGAGCAGCAUUCCGCGAUAGAGCAGCGUUCCGCGAUAGGGCAGCGUUCCGCGAUAGGGCAGCGUUCCGUGAGGGAGCACCGCACCAUUGGUGCCUGCCCAGACGCGCUGCCCAACGAAGAAGCCAAACGACAACAGGAAGGGGAAGCACUAUUUAACGAGGUGAACAUUUAUUUAGCUAAUUUCAUUUUGUCCUUUUAUCCGUAUCUUAUCAAGUCCCGUUUUUCGUAUGAAAUAUUUUUGCGGCUGCUCAGAAUUUACCUGAACAUAGAAAGCGUGGAGUUCUUCCUGCACAACUGCACCCAGGAGGACCUCCAGUUUGAGGACGUAAAAAUCAGCUGCGACGGAAACGCAGUUUCGCUGUUUUAUCACAUGUUAGUUGGGAACUUUGCGUAG